GCUCCCGGUUGGGAUAUGAGUGACUUUGUGGAGGAUGGCGCCUAAAUGAGGCAUGCCAAUUUCCGCACCAGGGUGACGAACAUAGGGGCUCCUAAAAGGCUAGCCCAAUGUAUCUGUAUUUCCUUGGGGAUUAAAACCCAUGAUCUUCAGUUCCUCAGAGAACUGAAAGUUGCAAGGAGAAAUCCAGUAAUUCCUGUUAUCUGCAGGCUUUAUAAGUCAGUGGAGCCUGCGGAGGUGGCCAGAAUCCGGCACUCCAAGCACUGCUGUCUUCUCACGGAGUCUUGAAGCCAGAGCAGCGCCAGGAUGUCACAGGAGGUGGCCCCACUGCUGCUUCUCCUCCUCUCCAUUCACAGCGCCCUGGCCCUGAGGAUCUGCUCCUUCAACGUCAGGUCCUUUGGGGAAAGCAAGCAGGAAGACCAGAAUGCCAUGGAUGUCAUUGUGAAGGUCAUCAAACGCUGUGACAUCAUACUCGUGAUGGAAAUCAAGGACAGCAACAACAGGAUCUGCCCCAUACUGAUGGAGAAGCUGAACAGAAAUUCAAGGAGAGGCAUAACGUACAACUAUGUGAUUAGCUCUCGGCUUGGAAGAAACACAUAUAAAGAACAAUAUGCGUUUCUCUACAAGGAAAAGCUGGUGUCUGUGAAGAGGAGUUAUCACUAUCAUGACUAUCAGGAUGGAGAUGCAGAUGUGUUUUCCAGGGAGCCCUUUGUGGUCUGGUUCCAAUCUCCCCACACUGCUGUCAAGGACUUCGUGAUUAUCCCCCUGCACACCACCCCAGAGACAUCCGUUAAAGAGAUCGAUGAGUUGGUUGAGGUCUACAUGGACGUGAAACACCACUGGAAGGCGGAGAAUUUCAUUUUCAUGGGUGACUUCAAUGCCGGCUGCAGCUACGUCCCCAAGAAGGCCUGGAAGAACAUCCGCUUGAGGACUGACCCCAGGUUUGUUUGGCUGAUCGGGGACCAAGAGGACACCACGGUGAAGAAGAGCACCAACUGUGCAUAUGACAGGAUUGUGCUUAGAGGACAAGAAAUCGUCAGUUCUGUUGUUCCCAAGUCAAACAGUGUUUUUGACUUCCAGAAAGCUUACAAGCUGACUGAAGAGGAGGCCCUGGAUGUCAGCGACCACUUUCCAGUUGAAUUUAAACUACAGUCUUCAAGGGCCUUCACCAACAGCAAAAAAUCUGUCACUCAAAGGAAGAAAACAAAGAGCAAACACUCCUAGAUCCAAGGGUCUCAUCUUAUUAACCAUUUCUUGCCUCUAAAUAAAAUGUCUCUAACAGA